AUGAAGACACUCCGUAUCCAAGAAACUGAUCUUCUCGGAGUCCUGAGAGGUUGCCUAACGGGCAGUGCACUCACCUGGUAUCGCCAGGUAGAGUUAUAUUCAUGGGAGGAUGCGUGCCACGCAUUCAGAGAAAAUUUUGGGGAGCUGGACUAUCAAGUCGCGCUCCACGAAGAAAUAGCAAGCCGUUGUCAAGGCGAGGAUGAACCCGUGGCUCAAUUCGUAGCCAACUUGAAGGGUAUCUUUGCCAAGACUGACCCAGAAUGGCCUGAGCACCAGAAGCUAACGUAUAUGUACCACAAUACGUUACCUAAGUUUAGGAUAGGUUUCAACCUGAGUGUGAACGCAACAUUGAAGGCGUUAGAGAAGCACGCCAUGCGACAAGAGACCUUGUACGCAAGUGCGAAAAACAACGCCUAUCGAAGUCCCAAGGCCCGAAGGAUCACCCAGAGAGCAACCCUAAAGGCAACGAUCCCAGCAGAAGAGGAUGCAGAGCCUACAGAGAGAGAUCACGAGGAAAGCAUUUUCUUCGAGGAGUUGGAAGUGGCGCACGCCUUGCAAGGACGUGGUGCCUCUUCAGGGAGGGGUGGAGAGACUGAGGAUUCCGUCUCGGAAGCCAGGACGGAAACAAUCUCAGCGGACAGUGACGGCACUGGGGUUGAAAGAACUGGAGAGAGGGAAGAAAGAAGCCCCGAUACAGUGACGCAAGAAUCCGGAGAUGGAAAUAGGAUUGAUACCCUCACUCUAGAAUCCAUGAUGGAUCCCUUGAAAUUAGUUUCCCCAGAAAUGGACCCUAAUUUGGAGUUCGUGAGGCAGGCAAUGAAAGAAGGCAAAACAUUUGCUUUUCACGUGGAUAUUGAAAUCCACGGAAGAAAGAUCCGCGGUCUAAUCGACUCGGGAGUGUCUCGCACUUUUGCAGGAGAGGCGGGGAUAGAGCUGAUGAGCGAACUAGGCAUUAGCGCGAAAAGAAUUCCACCUAGAAGAGUUCUAGUGGCGAAUAGCCAACUGGAAGUGGUGAAAGAAGCCUCCAAAACCCCUCUGACGCCUGGAGAAGGGCAACAGAGCCAACUCCAACAGCUUCUGGAUGAAAAGAUUCCAGUGAUAGAAGGAAGUCCCCCGAGUUCCAAACUAGCACCCCACAAAAUCGUUGAUGAAAGCCACGAGCCGAUUCGACAAAGGGUCAGAUUAGCCUCCCAUCAUUUAAAAUUAACGAUGUGGAAAGAAGUCGAUGAUAUGCUAAAUGACGGCAUCAUCAAACCAUCAGCAAGCGACUGGAACAGCCCGGCCGUCAUGGUGGACAAACCCAGCAGGAAGUAUCGAUUUUGUAUCGACUUCCGUCGGGUGAAUGAGGUCACGAAAAAGGAUGCAUAUCUGGUAGCAAACAUGACCGGCAUCCUUAACGAGUUAAGACAAGCCAAAUAUAUCUCGACGCUCGAUCUGAGCGCGGCGUAUUGGCAGAUUCCGUUAGCAGAGGACUCGAAAGAGAUCACUGCUUUUACGGUGCCUGGAAGAGGGUUCUUUCAGUUCGAACGCAUGCCAUAUGGCUCGACGAACGCCCCUGCAACCUUCCAGAGAGCCCUGGAUAAGAUCAUUGGUCCAGAAAUGUACCCCCACGUCUUCGUGAACUUGGACGAUAUUAUUAUCGUGUCCAGUACAUUUGAGGAAAACCUAAAGUGGCUGGGAAAAGUGGUCGAUAAAUUGAGAGACCACGGUUUAAGCAUAAAUCGUGAAAAGAGCGUGUUCUGUCGGUCCGAGGUAAAAUACCUCGGAUUCGUAGUGAACAGCGAAGAAUUGCAAGUCGACCCAGACAAAAUAUCGGCAGUCGUAGAAUUCCCAGUACCUAAGAUACCUAAGUACCAGUACAUCGAAAGGGCGCAUCACAUCACGUGCCUGACGCGUUAUACCGCGCUCCGGAAGGGGCGACAGAUCUACUAA